CAUUACCUCUGUUCAUUUAUACUUGGGCCAUUUUGGUAUGUAGGCCUAUUGGCCUAAACCCCCGUAAACCUUUCCAUUUCCACUCUGACGCUUCUAACCCAUACGACGAUUCAAAUCUCAAACCAUGCUCCAUCGCUUCAUCUGCAAAUCAUCUCAUCUCCGAUUCCUCACCCAAAUAUCCAGCAAUACUCAUUUCCUGAAAUCGAAUAUCUGUUCUACUCGCCCCACGAUCACUGCUCCUGCCUCCUUUUUAUUCCUUAAGAAUUUCCAAUUUUUCUCCACUGACAGGGGCAACAAUGGCGGAGGUUCUCCAUACGGGCCCUCUGAUUCAUGGAAGCUAUCUUCCGACACUGAAUCCGUGUUCUCGGAGGAAAUAGAUGUAUCAGAAACAACUCCACGAGGUGAAAGCCCCCUCUUUAGGGAUUUAGAGGUACCGGAAAAGGGGAGUGCGGUUGCCAGCGGUGGAUUAAGAGAGGAUCACCGGCCGUGGACAAUUGAGGAGGAGGACAGUAACAACAAUCUGUUCGGAAUUUUGGCAGAAGAUGAAAAAGGACACGGGGAGGUAGUAAGUAAGGACACUGUUGGGGAGGGGAAGGAAGAAUGGGCCACAGCAGCGGGGUACCAGCCCUGGAGUGUGGCUGUGGAUAAUGUUGGUGAGACGGUCUUUGAUAUAGGAGAAGAACAAAAGCUUGAUGGUGUUGAUUUUAACGGAGAGGAGGAGGAAAGGUUGCGGAAGGAAAAGCUAGAGGAGGAAAAGAGACUCGAGAUAGAAGAGAAAGCUCUCACUGCUGUUCUCAAAGGUCCAAACCGUGCAUUUGGGGAUUUAGUUGCAGCUUCUGGAAUCACCGAAGAAAUGCUAGAUAGUCUGUUGACUUUAAAAAACCUUGAAGACAUUCAAGGAUUGCCACCUCUACACGAAAUAGAAGAUAUGCGCUAUGAAAGGAACACAAGAAAAUCCAAUAGAGCAGAAAUUGAGCGUCAAAAACAAGAGGAAGUUGCCAAGGCAAGAGUAAGACAAGUGGAUGAGAAGGGAAGGGCAUAUGGGACAGGAAAGAGAAAAUGCAGUAUAGCCCGUGUUUGGAUUGAACCUGGUGAUGGAAAAUUUAUGGUAAAUGAUAAAGAGUUUGAUGUCUAUUUUCCAAUGCUUGAUCAUAGGGCCAACCUUCUCCGUCCUUUUUCGGAAACAACAACAUUGGGUAUGUGGGAUAUUAAGUGUACCGUAAAAGGUGGUGGCAUAUCAGGUCAAGUUGGUGCGAUUCAGUUGGGCAUCAGCAGAGCGUUGCAAAACUGGGACCCUGAGUUGCGUCGUCCUCUGAGAGAAGGUGGUUUCUUGACAAGAGACUCAAGAGUUGUUGAAAGGAAAAAGCCCGGUAGAGCAAAGGCUAGAAAGAGUUUCCAAUGGGUUAAACGUUGAGCUUUAACUGUAUGGUCAAUUUUUGUAUCAGUUACUAUAGAAUAUCACUGAGCUAAGUAAAUUUUUUUUUUAUCUUGGUUCAUAACUUCAUAUUAUUCAAUAAUUUUAAUUAUUAUGCUUUCCGUUUUUGAAACAAGGGAUGAUUUUUCAGAGUCAAGGUUGCAAUUUCUAAUGUCAUCUGAUGUUGCUGAUGCAUUGAUGAAUAUGAUGAUCAGAUGUAUUUUGGUCUUCCAUUUUGCUUCAAACGGUCGGACGCAAGUGAUAAUAUACGUUAAUCAAACAAGAUUACAAAAAAAUAUUACUCUGGUUAUACACUUGUGUGGAAUAAAUUAACGGAAUGCACCCUGAAAAACCGAAUUUUACACUUCAAAGUUCAUUCUCUGUUUCUUUACAUUAAGUGCAGUCGUGCAGAUGUGCUUGUCAAUUGGUGUUCGUACUCGGAAAAAUAUUUUCGUAUUUCAAAUAAUACGAAGUAUUUUAGAAAAGAUAUGUACGGAGGUUUUUUGUAAAGGCUAAAGGGUCAAAUAGGUACAUGAACUAACUUAAAGUGUU